UUCCUCUUCCCUCCCUCUCUCUCUCUGUGCUCUGCUAGGUCCACAAUGGUACAGCCAGCAUCUUGCAGCACAAUGGUUGCAAGGUGGUGAGCUGAGGCAGAGUGAUUCAGCAUCAGCAAACCUCGGUUCCGUCCACCUCUGCCUUUUUUUUUUUUUUUUUGGUUUCUCGUCUUCUUUUUCGGCCUUUACCCUCCCUCUUUCGUCAUAUUAAUGAGCGUUUUUCAUUAAGACUUCAGCUAUGGUCACCGCAGUGUUUCCCGUCGGGAUGUUUUGAAAAGGACAGGCACUGGACUGGGAUCGUCAUCAACUGGCACGGAAUGGUAUUUAUGAGCAGACAUUUCUUAUACAACUGCAGCCAACCAGUCCUGGAUGUAAAGAUAGCCUUUUGUCAGGUGUGUGUUCCUUACAGGUAAAAAAGGGUUUUGGAAAACAAGUGGAUGUGUCAUAUAUUGCCAAGCAUUACAACAUGAGCAAAAGCAAAGUGGACAACCAGUUCUACAGUGUGGAAGUGGGAGACUCUACCUUCACAGUUUUAAAACGUUACCAGAAUUUAAAGCCCAUUGGCUCUGGAGCUCAGGGAAUUGUCUGUGCGGGCUACGACGCUGUCCUGGACAGAAAUGUAGCCAUCAAGAAGCUGAGCAGACCCUUCCAGAACCAGACCCAUGCCAAGAGGGCAUACCGGGAGUUGGUGCUCAUGAAAUGCGUCAAUCACAAAAAUAUUAUCAGUUUAUUAAAUGUCUUCACACCACAGAAAUCAUUAGAGGAAUUCCAGGAUGUGUACCUAGUGAUGGAGCUGAUGGAUGCCAACUUGUGCCAGGUGAUUCAGAUGGAGCUUGACCACGAGAGAAUGUCCUACCUGCUCUACCAGAUGCUAUGCGGCAUCAAACAUCUGCACUCGGCUGGCAUUAUUCACAGGGAUCUCAAACCAAGCAAUAUUGUGGUGAAAUCAGACUGCACCCUGAAAAUCCUGGACUUUGGUCUGGCCAGGACUGCAGGCACCAGUUUCAUGAUGACCCCGUAUGUGGUGACUCGAUACUACAGAGCCCCAGAGGUCAUCCUAGGAAUGGGAUACAAAGAGAAUGUGGAUAUUUGGUCGGUGGGGUGCAUUAUGGGAGAAAUGGUGCGCCACAAAAUCCUUUUUCCUGGCCGGGACUACAUUGAUCAGUGGAACAAGGUGAUCGAGCAGCUGGGCACGCCCUCACCAGAAUUCAUGAAGAAGCUUCAACCCACAGUGAGGAACUAUGUCGAGAACCGGCCAAAGUACGCAGGCCUCACCUUUCCCAAACUCUUCCCUGACUGCCUUUUCCCUGCUGACUCUGAGCACAACAAACUCAAAGCAAGCCAGGCUAGAGACUUGCUGUCUAAGAUGCUGAUUAUCGACCCUGCUAAGCGGAUGUCAGUGGACGAGGCCUUACAGCACCCCUACAUCAACGUGUGGUAUGAUCCGGCUGAGGUGGAGGCGGCCAGAGAUAACAUCCAAAUAUCCAUGCCUCCACCUCAGAUCUAUGACAAGCAGCUGGAUGAAAGAGAACACUCCAUUGAUGAAUGGAAAGAACUAAUCUACAAAGAGGUGAUGAACUUUGAGGAGAGAACGAAGAAUGGCGUUGUGAAGGGACAACCUUCACCUUCAGGUGCAGCCGUGAACAGCAGCGAGAGCCUCCCUCCUUCCUCCUCAAUCAACGACAUCUCCUCCAUGUCCACCGACCAGACCCUGGCCUCAGACACUGACAGCAGCCUGGAGACCUCUGCAGGACCCUUGGGGUGUUGCAGGUGACUAGCCGCCUGCCUGCGCAACCCCAUGUUCUUCCGAAGGUGAAGAACCCAACAAAUAUGACCACCAAAAAAUACAAAAAAAAAGAAAAAAAAAAAAAAGAGUAAAGAUCAAAAUUAUUAUAUUAAGAACAAAAACAUGAGUUAUAGAAACACAGAAUCUGAAAUUAUGAACUCUAAAGCCUGUGCAUUGUCACUGAAAAACAUCAGUGGUAUUCAAGUAAAUGAACUCAGAUAUAUGUUAAUGAGCCUCUAGUUGCUUUGCUUAUAUUACCCCUCAUAUCCUGUAUAUGGCAUCCAAUUGAAAUGGCCAAGCAUUUAGACUUGCAUCUCCUGUAAAGUGUAUAUUGGCUGGCUGCUGGUCUCUCAAUUCCUUACAAAAAAAAAGACAUUUAUGCUCCAAUCAAUGUGGCAAGGUGGGCUGCCAUUUUGCUCAUCAUUACUGCUAAAUACAGACUUCAGUACACCCCCUCUCCCCCUAUUCAACUCUUAUUUAAUUACACUUCUGUAUUUUAACAUCUAGGCUUCGUGUGAGACACCGCUGCCCUACACCCCCCCACCCCCACCCCAAAAAUGUAAGGUUUCCUGAUGUGUUUUCAUGUGGUAAUUCUGCAGGGAUGUGUUGCUGCUCUCACCAAGAGUGGCGCCCCCUGUGCUAACUUGUAAAUAUUGUAAUUCUGUACAGCUGAAGGGCACACAGAGUGGGACUGACGGCCAGUAAACUGGGAUUUUUUUUCUCUCCCCCAUUAGCACACCUUGCCACAUCACCGCUUUCCACCUCAGUUGCCCCUGCCUAUUGCUGUAGUCCUGCAUGAUUAGAUUUAAACAAUGCUAAUCUCACUGUAUGCUAAAAUGAGUCUGUAUAGAGACUUUUGUUUAUAUACAAUUUAAACUAACUGGGCACAGUAGGACGUGUGUGUGUGUGAGUGUGUGUGUGUGUGUGUUGGUGGACCACAGGCAGGCCAAUAAGACAUUAAUAAAAGUCUGAGCUGUUUAGGACUUAAAGGGCCAGUACACACAGAAAUAAGUUAUUCUCAUUGUGCUCAGACUUCACAAGACAACAUCUAAGAAGUCUAAUUUGUGUGUAAUGCCCCUUUUAUUUCCCCCGGCAGCGUAUGAUCGGUCCCUCCACCACAGCCCUGCAUGUCAUUGUUUACCAUUAACCCCUCACAGGCACAGGAGUUGGAUCGGUUUCACUGUGGAAUAACCACAAAGAACCUUUUCCUAUUUAUUUGACUCUUUGGAACAUAGAAGAGACAACAAGUGAUAGAGUACAGAGUUUUUAAAGACAGGUGAUGAGUGUUAACGUUGUAGCUACGGUUCGUCUUCUCAUCUACAUUAUCUCACUACACACCAUACAAAAAUGUUGCAAUAUGAAAAAGCAAAAGGAUCUCAAGCACCCAUCACAUGAUUUCAUAGCUGAAUGAUUCAUUUAUUGAUUGAUUUAUAUAUUUUUGAUAGAUGGAAUCUGAACAUGGCAAGUGCCUUUUGGAAUGAAGCAUUGCAGGUGCAGAAAUGAUAUAUUUUUCUUUCCCUCUGUUUGUUCUUGUUCUGCCUUAAAACUGUAUGAGUCCUCGAGCUUGACUUUUGUUUUUUCUCCUACAAAACUGAAUUAGCUUUGUUAAAUAAUGUAAUCAUAUUUUCUCCAGCUGGGGUGCCGGCAUACACGAAUACUCACAUGCAAAAUGCAUUUGCACUUUGCAGCAGCUUAGCAGCUGUACUGCUCUCAACUCAAGUUUACAUCCACUCAUUUAGGUUGCAUCUAACAGUGCAAACAGUGUGUUUGGACAGUGCCUGAUUUUAACUACUCAUAACAAGUCUUUUAGCUACAGUUAUGAAUGUGCAAGGGUUGAUUGCAGCUUAGGUAUUACUAAAGCUUUCUUUUAAUGCUUUAGACACAAAUGCACUCCAAUUAUGUGACCAGUAAGUUGUGUGUUUACAAUAUGGGAAGGAAAGAAGCAUUAACCCAGCAAAUGUACCCCCAUGUGGGGGCCCCAAGGAGGCAUAAACGCCUGUCUUUAACCCAUCUUCUGCCUGUCUUUACAUGUACACAUAAUGAAAUUGCUAAUGUCACAAAAGGGCAAAACUGCUAUAGGCCCCACAUGGGGUGUUUGUGGGCUUGCCCACAGACAACCCAUAUAGGGGCUCCAAAGGGCAAAACUGCUGUCAUGAGAUGUGGAAUAAGUGUGGAUUUGCCUUGCCCACGUGGCCCCAUAGUUUACCCAAAGCUACCCACUGCAGGCCUGCAUGGGUAUGUUUAUUGGGAUUUUGAUUUUACGGCCAUGUUUUCAUACACAUUUGUUGCAUUUGUAGACAAACAACCACUGAGUCAAAAAAAAAAAUAAAAAAUUGGAGGAGUGGUUCAUGGCAUUAUAUUUUGAGACAAUCGGGUAAAUGACGACAAUUGAAGAACACGCUCAAGAACGCUCAGACACUGACUUGUAAUGAAACAUGGAAAUGUCCAUAUGCUGCACAUAAAAGCAUGUAACAAAAACGUACACUUGUUAUGAGCUAGAUUCAGUCACUGCCAUCACACUGAGGAGAUGUGGAGGCAUCCUUGUCGCAUACUUAUUUCAGUGACAGUAUAAGUCUGUAACGUCCCGUUCAGCUGCUGCUGCACAAUACUGUAACUCUUUUUUUCGCAUGGAGUUUUGCAUACAAUCUCUCACAGCCCUCCAAAUAAUGGCGAUAACUUCAAAAAGCUACUUUGUUAACACUCUGUCUGCCUGUGGCUUGUGUACAGUGAACCACACACAGACUAACAGACUAACCUUCGCAGAGCUCAGAGGGUAACUGAGGUUGGCGUCUCCAGAAUAAGCUACGGCUAGCUUGGCUUUCUGUUCAGGGUCUGGCCAGGGCAAUCUUUUAAAACAGGGUGCAACUUUGAUGAAGUUCUUUGUGUUUUAAAUAAAAUGUUUUAAUGAAUUUCUCACAGAGGGGCGCAGUGUUUGAGUCGACCCCUGCACCACAAAUACACACAGUACUGUUGCAGUUUUUCUACAGGGCAUUUUUAACCAUCCAAACACAUUCUUCUUUCUGUAUCUUUACAUGUUUUGGUCACUGAGUACAAAUACUAACAUUACUAAUGUCUUGUUUUUAUCCCCCCUUUUUCUGAAUGUGAACUGUUUGAUCUUUUUAUAAGACAUCCCUCCAGACAAUUCUGUUGUGAUGAAAGGCGCUUUAGUCCUGGUAAAUAAAGCAGGAGAUUCAGCUGGGUUGUCAGCAGUGAAUGUAGAAAUGAAUGGCUUCACAAUCACGCACAUCAUUGCUGCUCUGUCCAUCAGCGUGUGUGUGUGUGUGUGAGAGAGAGAGAGAUUAAAUUAACCAGCAUUCAACACAAGCUGUAAAUUUGCGUUGAAAGGUGUGAUCUGGCGUCUGGACAAACGAUUUCACAGCACACGUCUUCAUUCGUUUUUUUUUCCUUAUUUCAAUACAAGUGAUCAUGACUUUUGUGCAAUUAUUUCUAAGAAUGUCAUUGGAGAGUCAGCACAGUUGUGUGUUUGGUAGUAGUUCAUGUGUGUAUUCAUGUUCUGUCACUUUGAAUUGAAUUAGAAAACCACUGUCAUUCCAAUUUCUCAUUUUUGGGGGGGUCUUAAAAUGAUCUCUUAUGGAUUCAGGAUUAGUUUGCGGUUUUAUUAGUAAGCUAAAGCCCAUUCAUAACGUUAUGAAAAAUGAUAACAUGUCACAAGUUGUACACAGCUGUGCCAACUUUAAAAAACUUUGGAUCCCCAACUUGGCAAUUUUCACCUUUUCUUUCAACUUCUAUUGUAAAUAACAGUUCAACAAUGCAAUAAACACUUUAUUGCACUCAGACAGGGAGGCAAGCUACUGCAAGGGGUCAGAUGCUAAAAUGUUUAGAGUCUUAAAUGUGGAACUCUACAAUGAUGAAACCCUGUAUAGCUCAUCUGAGUCAGGUGAUGUUGUUCUUCAGUUCUUUUCUGAUUCCUUCUCUCUUGUUUCUUUUACUCCGUGCUGUUUUAAUGAAUCAUUCCUUUGACAUUUGUCAGGUUAAAAAAAAAAAAAAGUGGAAACAACAACAACAACAACAAAAAAGAGAAAUGGUAUCGUUUCAGGCUGAUCUCGAAGCUUCAGGCUAUAGCGUUUCAAGUAAAGUCAAAAACAAAUG